CUGUUCUUCUUCUCUUCCGAGAAGCCUCUCUCUGUAAACCCUAAUCAGAGGUGAAAAAAAGCUUCUCUUUUCUCUUUCCUGUGCAUAGUUUCCUAUCCAAGGUGAAAGGGGUGGGCUUUGAAUCGCCAUGAAAGUGCCGGAAAACGACCCUAUUGCAGUCUCCAAGCACCUCCUGGCUUCGCUCUCCGAUCAAAUUCCCAACAUCCAUAGCUUUAAGGGGAAAUGGUCGCUUAUCAAAUCGAAACUCUCUGGUCUCGGGACCCAACUCACCGAUUUCUCCGAUUUUCCGGCUUCUUCCUCGAACCCACUUUCAGUUGAGCUUCUGUAUUCCAUCUCCUGCGGCUUAAAUGACGCCCUUUCUUUAGCGGAGAAAUGUCAGGGCCCCAAUUUGGCUGAGGGGAAGCUGAAGACCCAGAGCGACAUUGACGCCCUCUUGGCGAAGCUGGACCAACAUAUUAACGACAGUGAGAUUUUGAUUCGGAGCGGUGUCCUGCAAGACGAUGUCGCCUCGAGUUCUUCAAAGAAGGAAGCUGUGCGGGUGGAGGCGAGGAACUUGAUAACUCGGUUGCAGAUUGGGGCUGCUGACUCGAAGAACUCUGCCAUGGACUCGCUCUUAGGUUUGCUUCAAGAAGAUGAUAAGAACGUGACGAUUGCGGUGGCUCAGGGGGUGGUCCCUGUUCUGGUUCGCCUACUGGACUCGAGCUCUUUCGAGAUGAAGGAGAAGGCCGUCGCCGCCAUUUCCAGGGUUUCGUUGGUUGAUAGCAGCAAACAUGUCUUAAUCGCCGAUGGGUUGCUGCUGUUGAAUCAUUUGCCUCGGGUUCUUGAAUCUGGAAGUGGGUUUGCCAAGGAAAAAGCUUGCAUUGCAUUGCAGGCUCUGAGCCUUUCGAAGGAGAACGCCAGAGCAAUUGGGUCUAGAGGUGGAAUUUCGUCUCUGUUAGAAAUUUGCCAGGCUGGAACUCCUGGGUCACAGGCUUUUGCAGCUGGCGUUUUGAGAAAUCUCGCAGCUUGCAGUGAAAUUAGGGAGAAUUUCAUCGAAGAGAAUGCCGUUUUCGUCCUGAUUGGGCUUGCUUCCUCCGGAACUGCGUUAGCGCAAGAAAAUGCAAUUGGGUGUUUGGCUAAUUUGGCCUCUGAUGAUCAAAGUCUGAAGCUUUUGAUAGCUAAGGAGGGUGGAAUUGAAUGCUUGAAUAAUUUCUGGGAUUCAUCUCCAACCGAGAAGAGUCUUGAAGUUGCUGUUGAGUUGUUAAGGCACUUAGCUUCUUGCCCACCAAUUGCAGAAGUUCUUGUAUCUGAUGGAUUCAUUGCCCGUGUCGUAGCAGUGUUAAACUGUGGAGUUUUAGGGGUGAGAAUUGCUGCUGCUCGAGCUGUUUACGAGCUUGGAUUCAGCUCAAAAACGAGGAGAGAAAUGGGUGAAUGUGGGUGUGUUGUUGCAUUGAUCAAGAUGCUUGAUGGCAAGGCCGUCGAAGUGAAAGAAGCUGCAGCUAAAGCAUUGUCUACCCUUAUGUUAUGUCAAGGUAACAGGAAGAUUUUCCGGAAGGAUGAGAGAGGGAUAAUGAGCGUAGUGCAGCUCUUGGAUCCUUUGGUACAGAAUUUGGAUAUGAAGUACCCAGUUUUGAUAUUGGCAGAGCUUGCCCAUUCUAAAAAGUGUAGGAAGCAGAUGGUUGCUGCCGGUGCUUGUGUGCACUUGGAGAAACUGGUUGAGAUGGAUGUCGAAGGGGCUAAGAAGCUAUCAGAGAGUCUUGGCCGUGGAAAGAAGUGGGGUGUUUUUGCCAGACCAUAGCAGCGACUUUCCACUAUUCAUUGAUCUGUAUGUACCCUACUUGUGUAGUUGUGUUUACCUUGAUUCUUGUUUUGUUUCCCUUUUUUUCUUUGCCUUGGUGUUUAUUUUUUUGGCUACCUUCGCCUUGUUUUUAAUGGCUGUUAAAAUUGCUUAAAGUAACAGUUCCUAGUCUAAUUGCUAAUAAACACUUACUUCUCUUGUAGAGAUGUAAUCUUUGUUUCAUGACCUGAUUCGAUUGAAAUCCACUCGUACAGUUCAAUGAUUUCCAUAGCUCAGGUCAUCUAUGACAAAAACCUAAACACUGCUGUAUAUAUUUUCAUGAGCAUUAAUUGGCUCGUUGCUGUUUAUAUUUGUACAAUUUAUUGAGUUUGAUUGAUUUUACAAGGCCUAGCUUAAUGGAAUGAAGGUAUAUCGAUCCUCCUAAGUGGCUAGUAAUAUAUGUCUCUUUCAUUCCUCUUUUCUCAGGUGUUUGAUACAUUAAGUAGGCAUAUCUGCUCAUACCAGAUAGUCUGAAAUUUCAAUAUCAAUACAGCUAGCAUUGAUACUUUGCAGAACAGUGCAAUGUUCUUUGCUUACAAAUUCUUAUCUCGUUUGACUUUUGUGUUUUAGCAUGGAGGCCUGAGUUUCUUUUGCUGGUAACUCUGAACUUAAAAGGUCGUCUUUAUUGAACAUUCUUCAUAUAAGAUUCGAUUGUAUCUGUUUGCAUUGAUUCAAUUUCUAGUAUUUUGGUUGGAUUUUCAUUAACUUAAAGCUUGUGCUUUCUCAUAUUGUUUUUAACAGGCUGCAUUUCUUCCUUUGUAGCUAUAAAUAGAUGCACCGAUUAAGUUCUUUGAGAGAUCUUCUCAAAUAUUCUAUAAAGCAGGUGCGGGUGUCUUUUUUCUCUCUUUUAUUCUGUGUUUGAUUUUAUCAUCCGCUUGUAUCAAAUCCUCAUUUGCCAAAUGAUUUGCAAUGUCCAUGGCGAUUGAAUU